UUUACUCUUAUCAAUUCGAGUGGAAAAUUUGCUUUAAAGGUUUUAUCGCUCAAGAAAAUUUCAUCCUAUUGAGAAGCUAUCCGAUUCUUAAUCAUUCAAAAUUUCGCGGGCUAACAGAUAAGACGCCUACUAUCAUUUUGUGCGUACUAUAGCGUGACUGCAACCUACGUCAACGAUAACUGUUAUUUGUUGCACUCCGAUCCAAAUCACGUCAGUAUCAAUCGGUACCAAGUUGAAAUUGCGCGAUAAACUCGAAUUAAUUGAAAUCCAGAACAAAAUAUAGUAUCAUCGCGAAAUGACAAUUAUCUCGAGGUUCGUGAUAAAAAAUGGCUCAGCUGUUUCUCAGAUGGGAAGAUAUAUCACGAAGGCGUUGUCAAUCAGGGGGAUGGCAUCCGUCAAUAAAAAAUACGUAGAGACGACACAGAAAGAUGGGGUCAGAACUAUACAAUUAAGUGACUCUGCCUCGCUCAACUCUCUAUCAUUGGAGAUGUUGAAGGCCCUGAUGAGCGAGAUUAAGAAGGACGAGAACAACCAAGAGCUCCGGUCGAUCGUACUGACGUCCGUGACGGGAAAGGUAUUUUCCGCAGGACACAACCUGAAGGAAUUGACGGCUACCAGUAACAAGUCGCACACGGAAGUGUUCGAGACCUGUUCGGAACUAAUGCAAGCCAUCAGUGAGAGUCCAGUGCCGGUGAUCGCGGCGGUGGACGGCUUGGCGGCUGCGGCAGGCUGUCAGUUGGUCGCGGCGUGUGACAUCGCGGUGUGCACGGACAGAAGUUUGUUCUCCACUCCGGGGGCGAAUCUCGGGAUAUUUUGCUCGACACCUGGUAUACCGUUGGUGCGCAACGUGCCGAGGAAGAAUGCGUCGUAUAUGCUCUUCACGGGGUUCCCCAUUUCCGGCAGAGAAGCCUACGAAUGCGGUCUCGUUAGCAAGGUCGUACCAACUGAUAAGCUCGACGAAGAAGUCCACCGAAUUACAGAUGCGAUUAACAAGAAGAGCCGCUCGGUUAUGCACAUCGGCAAGAUGUUUCUGCACGAGCAAAUAAAUCUCGACGUAACGACGGCGUAUCGUCGAGGCACCGAAACAAUGGUGGAAAAUUUGAAAAUGAGAGACGCGCAGGAAGGGAUACGAAGUUUUCUGGAGAAGAGGAAGCCGAAGUGGUCGCACGACUACGAGAAAAAUUGAUUGUGCGAUCAUCUAUGUUUAUAUUUCUUUCUCCAUCUCACCAGAUCGUGUGUUGUCGUAUUCGAUUCAAUCUCUUUUUAUACAAUGUAAAAUUAAAUUUUGUACAAUUUUUUGCACUUGAUAAGAAUUAUGUCACUUCUGAUCUUGGUAAUAAACAACUUUGACUAUUAAAAUUAA